UUUUUUUUUUUCCUGGUUCGGUUUUGGAGGCGCAGAAGUGGGAUGCCUGGCACAGAACAUUUGUCGGGAGCAGCUUCUCAGCGUGAAUGAACGAUCGUCUCUCCUCUCCACCUGAGACGUGCCAUGCAUGGGAAACUUAAUUUGUACCCACGAAACGGAUCGGGGAGUCGCCGCCGCCGCACCAAAUAACUGCUGCUGCUGACAGCGAUCAGGACAAAUGACAUAGGAUGAACACUGCUGGAGGGGUGUGUCUAUCUGUGCUGUCCUCUCUCCUGGCUGUGGUUGGAGCCUUGGCUGCCGUGUCCACCCUCGCACUAGCUCCUCUCUCCGCACUGGCCGAGGCGGCCAACGGAGCUGUCAAUGGUGUCCCUAGCACCGGGGUAGAGGGGCAUCCCUCUCCAGGGUCCUCACCGUGCUCCAGCUUAGUUGCCGGUGUGCUCUAUGGCUCUUUCUCCCUAAGGGAACUCUUCCCCUUCCGGGCACCAGGCUGCUCCUGGUCCCUGGAAAACCCCGACCCUACCAAGUACUCCCUUUACCUCCGCUUUUUCCGUCACCCAUCUAUCUGUUGGACACAUUCCCCCAUGCUGCUAUCCCUCGACCACCACCUAGCCAAUCAAAGUUGCCCCCUACCCUUACAGAUAGUCGGUGUGAGGAAUCAGGAGAUCAUCCAGCUCUGUGGCAGCCAAUCCAACUCAGAUAGCCCCUAUUCCUUCUUACAAUUUGACAAGAACUUUGUCCAACUGUGUCUCACCAGACACCCAGCUGCUGAUGAACCUCAGUUAACCAAGGAAAUGGUGGAAAUGAGACUGGUGGAGGUGUUACUCAUUAACAACGAGAACUCCAGUCAGUUUACUUGCAGCGUACUCUGCAGAUGGUUUGAGGAGUGUCUACACAAUGGUCACCAAGAAGACAAGAAGACGUCUGAUGGCGAUGGGUGUGGAAUGACCCAAACAGGCUGUAUAUGUCCUAACCACAACAUCUUGGCACUGCCAGUGCCAUUGCUGCCGGAGACACCCCACAGUUUCAGCAAUGGCUCGCUUAGUGCCAGCGAUUGCUGCGUCACUGAGCUGCAUUCCAAUGACGCAAUCAUCAUAGCUCCCAGAGAUGUUCGACAAGAUCCAUAUGAUGAUGAUGAUCUGAAAGUGAAGACACAGAGACCACGGUCAGCUGACCAGCCAGGUGUGUUUCAGGCACAAACAGGUGAUCCAGCGGCAGAAGAGUGGUCACAGUGGAGUGUGUGUUCUCUCACAUGUGGACAAGGCUGGCAAGUGAGGACGCGAUCCUGUGUUUCCUCUCCUUAUGGGACACUGUGCAGUGGCGCUCUGCGGGAAACACGCAUGUGCAACAAUACGGCUUCUUGUCUGGAGGAACCUGGAAUCAUAGGCUCAGUGCAUGAGCGGUUGCAGGAGUGGUCAUCAUGGAGUAUGUGCUCUGUAACCUGUGGGCGGGGCUCCAGGACACGAACUAGGAGCUGCAUGCACGGAGGCGGGGUACUGCCUUGCAGAAGGCCCGAGCGUCAGACCAAACAGUGCUACAUAGCAGUGUGCCCUGUGGAGGGUCAGUGGAUGGAGUGGGCACCAUGGUCUCGAUGCAGUGUGACAUGUAACACGGGCACUCAGCUGAGGCAGAGACGCUGCAGCCCGUCAGUGCACGGCUGGGCUGAAUGUAAGGGCCCCCAUCAAGAGAGCAGAGAGUGCACCAACUCUCCGUGUGGUGGUGGAGGCAACUGGGAAAGCUGGAACCACUGGAGCCUGUGCAGCAAAACAUGUGACUCUGGGUGGCAGCGACGCAUCAGGGUGUGUGAGAACAAUGAAAAGCAGGGCACCCCCUGUGAUGGAUCAGGAGAGGAAGUUCGGUCCUGUAAUGAGAAGAAGUGCCCUGCUCCACAUGAAAUAUGCAAAGAUGAGUACCUUCUCUCUAUGUCAUGGAAGAGAGCAUCUGCUGGAGAAACUGUCUACAAUAAAUGUCCAACUAAUGCCACUGGAUCUGCUAGUCGUCGUUGCAUGCUGGACAUUCAUGGAGUUGCUUUCUGGGGUCCUCCGAGCUUCGCCAGAUGCGUCUCCCUUGAGUAUCGAUAUUUACAUUUAUCUUUACGAGAGCAUCUCGCGAAGGGUCAGAGGACCCUGGCUGGGGAGGGCAUGUCUCAGAUCGUACGGAGUCUCCUGGAGCUCUUGCAGAGGAGGAGCUACUACAGUGGUGACCUUCUCUUUUCCACGGAGAUCCUGCGAAAUGUGACGGACACCUUCAAAAGAGCAACCUACAUCCCAGCUCCCGACGACGUGCAGAAAUUUUUCCAGAUAGUUAGCCACAUGUUGGACAUGGACAAUCUUGAGAAGUGGGAGGAUGCACAUCAGGUCGCCCCCGGUGCAGCUUUGCUGAUGAGGAUAUUAGAAGACUUCAUUCACCUCAUCGGAGAAGCCCAAAAGCCUUUCCAAAGUUUCCUUGUGGUUACCAACAAUAUCAUGAUAACCAUCCAGCGUGAGCCGGUGUCUGCCGUCUCCAGUGACAUCAACUUCCCUAUGAAGGGACGGAGAGGAAUGAAGGACUGGGCGAGAACAGCGGAGGAAAAGCUCUUCAUUCCAAAAGAGGUUUUCACAAUCCCAGCAGAAGAGGCAGAGACAGACUCCGAUUCGACAGUGUACUAUGUUAUUGGAGCCAUUCUCUACAGAACACUGGGUAUCAUCUUACCUGCUCCAAAUCCGCCUGCUGUAAUCAACUCUAAGAUCCUCACUGUGACAGUACGACCGGAACCACAAUCCACCGAGUCCAUGGUGGUGGUGGAGCUCUCACCAAUUUUUAAUGGUACAUCUGAUCCUCAGUGUGUAGUCUGGGACUAUGGCAACCCGGAAGCUGGCACAGAAAACUGGGGCACAGAAGGCUGCCAAACGCUCACAUCUACUACUGUCCACAUCAAAUGUCUGUGCAGCAGGAUUUCCACAUAUGCCAUGUUAGCGCAGCAAGCUAAAGAUCCGGACAUGGGACCUACAAGUAUGCCCUCAGUGCCCCUCAUGGUGGGGUGUGGAGUCUCCUGCACCGCCCUGCUCAUCCUGCUCCUUAUCUAUGCUGCCUUCUGGAGGUACAUUCGCUCAGAGAGAUCCAUCAUCUUGGUGAAUUUUUGCCUCUCCAUCCUGGCCUCCAAUUUAUUGAUUUUGGUGGGGCAAUCACAAACUCUUAGCAAGGGUCUCUGUACUGUGACUGCGGCCUUUCUUCAUUUCUUCUUCUUGGCGUCGUUCUGUUGGGUGCUGACAGAGGCAUGGCAGUCUUACCUGGCAGUCAUUGGCAAAAUGAGACCACGACUCAUUCGCAAGCGUUUUCUGUGCCUCGGUUGGGGUCUUCCAGCCUUAGUCGUUGCAGUGUCUGUGGGUUUCACCAGAGCAAGAGGUUAUGGCACGUCAAGCUACUGCUGGUUAUCUCUGGAGGGCGGGCUGCUCUACGCCUUUGUGGGUCCUGCUGCUGUCAUUGUGUUGGUGAACAUGCUCAUCGGAAUUGUGGUGUUUAACAAGCUCAUGUCUCGAGACGGCAUCUCAGACAAGUCAAAAAAGCAGCGGGUGGGUGUCCCGGCGGAGGCGCGGAGCCGACUGCUCCUGAAAUGCUCCAAGUGUGGCGUGAUCUCGAGCACCGCUCUGUCCAGCUCAACUGCCAGGAGCGCCAUGGCCUCCCUGUGGAGCUCCUGUGUGGUUCUUCCUCUCUUAGCGUUAACGUGGAUGUCAGCAGUGCUGGCCAUCACCGACCGGAGAUCCACGCUUUUCCAGGUGCUGUUCGCUGUCUUCGACUCUGUCCUUGGUUUUGUCAUCAUCACUGUCCACUGCGCCAUGCGACGAGAGGUGCAGGAUGCAGUGCGCUGCCGAAUGGGGGGUUGUAAAGAUGACAGUGAAAACUCAGACUCCUGCAAGAACGGACAGGUGCAGAUCAUGAACCAUCCUAAUGUGAGCUACUGUGUGCAGCAAUGUGGUUCUCUGCAUUAUGGCACACCCCAGUGCCUGCCGGGUUUCCAUCAGCAGCCAUUUCUACCACUGUGCCACCAGCCAUGCCAGCACACCUGUAACCACAGACUGACCCACAGCCACAACCAUGGUGUUGACCACAGCCACGCCCUGAGCCAUGUACUUGACCAUAAACCCAUCCUGAGCAAUGCCCGCAGCCACGCCCAUAACCAUAUCCACGACCACAUCAGCACACAACCAACUGAUUUCGAGAAGGAUGUGGACUUGGCAUGCCAAACAGAAAGAGGACAUCCAUUCAUUUUCAAGGAGGUAAACACCUGUAAUCCAGCUACCAUCACGGGAACCCUUUCGCGCAUCUCCCUGGAUGAUGAGGAUGAUCCAAAGCUAGCAGCCCAUCAGGAAGCAGGAGUUGGGGUCAAUUUCAGCUCCCUUCCUGGGAACAUCCCUCCACCAAAUCUCAUUGUGCAGGUUCCACCCCUUGGAGGUCUUAAUGAGAUGAGCGAGACACCCCUGAAGAAGGAGGUGAACAUGGACCAGCAGAGACAGCAGGGGCAGCAGCGCAGUGGUGCUCCCAUCUACCUGUGCACUGAGAGUGGCCUGGGUUGGGCACGGCCGCCUGCUUCCUCCAACACUUCCCCAGAUGGAAGUGCUGGAAAUGGAGGGGGAGGAGGUGGAGGGAGUGGAAGUGAAGGAGACUAUAUGGUUUUACCUUGUAGGACGGUCAGUCUCAAACCUCCAGCUCCUUCCUCGCAAGGAGGAGACCUGGGAUAUGGGGGUGAGGACAAGCCUCUCAACAUCACAGUGGAGAACCCCCCUUUCCCACCGCCUCCUUCUCCCUUGACCCUCCACCCGGCUGAGAGCGAGGCCUACCCAGCUGAUUUUGUGCCGUCCAACAUGGGCGACAUGAACAUCACUAUGAACCUCAACCGCUCUUAUGGGACAAUCAAAAGCAUGCCCCAUGGGCACAGCCACAUGCUGCCUCAGGGUGCUCUUGUACAAUCUCACGGAGGACACAUUCACUCCCACGGGCACUCACUUCAGCUGAAGGCGGGUCAGAGGUCAUCAGUCAGACAGAUUUUGACAGGGGGAAGUGCAGUGGACAGGAACAGGACCUUGCCACGCAACCUGGGGAGCACCAAUGCCAAUACCAGCCUGUCAGCAGGAUCCCUGGAGAGGAAGAGAGUACGGUACUCUGAGCUGGACUUCGAGAAAGUGAUGCACACUCGCAAAAGACAUUCUGAGCUGUACCAUGAGCUCAACCACUCGUCCAAGUUCCACACCAUAGACAGGUAUAACAGGGAACCAGCCAUGUCCGCAUUCAAGAGGGAAAAGCGGUGGAGCAUUUCGUCUGCCGGAGGUGAAAAGAACUCAUCGAGUGACAAGUCCACCCUAGAGGACCAGAGCUCCUGGGACAGCUUCAAAACCAUGACCCCCGAGCUGUCUAUCGUGCCUGGGGAGCAGAAGGACCGGAUGGAGCUGCACAAUAAGAACUGGGACUCCUCCUCUGUGAACACACCCAACUCGUCUGAGGGCGAUUUCCAGACUGAAGUGUGACAUCACCCUUUCACACAGGGAUCAAAAUGCACAUGGUGAUACAAACUGUCU